CGUAAGUCUCAAGAUCCUCUUGACAGCAUCAGACGUCCAUGUCUACUUUGGAGAACGUGCCUGUCGAUCUUCUCCAGCCCAUUCUCAUUCAUCUACCUGACCGAAGGCAUCUGAGUGCAGCUGCGUUAGUAAGCCGGGCAUUCAAUCGUGCAGCGACGCCACUUUUGUACAGGAGACUCGAUUCACAAGUGAAGCACAAUGUGCUUCACCAUCCCUCUGCAACCCUUCUCAAACGACCAGAAUUGGCACAGUAUGUUUGGCAUGUGACGGAGACAGGCGCAGUGCAACAAGUUAUUCCUAAUAUCACUGAAGAUAUUGUUGCAGCGCUUAGACUUUGUAAAAAUCUCACAUCGGCAACUUGGGUAGAUGAUACGUUGACUCCAGAGGCGAAUUUUCUACCCAUCUUGGAUGUUUUGGUAACGUUGCCCCUGCGGGAGCUCACCAUACGCACCCAGUAUGAUCCGGGAGAACGAGUUUGGGCACGGCUCAAUACUAUUCAGGGCAUUCGUCGAUUAUCUGUGUGGUCAUUGGAGUGGGGGCCCCCGCGGGUGCUUCAAGGAUGGGCUGAUUUGCUGAGCUCCUCUCUUACUCAUCUCGAACUCUGCCGUUGCGCAGGUGUUCCAGCAACUAUCCUUAUCUCUGUCUUUAUGAAGCUUCCCCUUUUACAAGAGCUCUGUCUCAAGGGUGCUCCAAGCGCCGCCAUCCCGGCUAUCAUAGCUUGUCUGCCCAAUCUGAUAGCCCUUGACGCGGAAUAUCUAGGUUCUGGAAAUUACCGCUCACCGCUCACACCGCUGCCCCGUUUGCAACGCUUGACAGUGCGAGCAGGCUCAGUGGAUAUCCUUGGACCACAGAAACUAUGGACAUGGAUGAGGGCAUUGCUUCCGCACCAACAAACUCUAAAGUCAUUCACGCUGAAUGCAUUUGCAGUGCAAGGACAAAUGACCGUUCCGCGCCCAUUCAUCAUGAAUCUUACUGCCAGACACGGGAUAUCACUUCAAGAGUUUGCGGUAGGCGUUGCGCAAGUGACGUUAGAAGCCGUAUCCCAUAUGUGCUCAACAUGCCCCCAACUUGAGUUGCUUGAAUGCUCUGUGGCGAGUUCGGACGUAGACAUGAUUGCAAGAGCAAUCGAGGCGGGGCGCAACCUUCAGACACUCAAACUUCAUGUCUCUUGGAUCGCCGAUGGCAGCGUCGAUUUGCCUCCGCAGUAUGAUAAGUUCUUUACAGGACCUCGCAUCAUGUAUACAUAUUUUUCCCAUCCCGCCAGCGAUGGCAAGAGGAUCCGGUUUACCGAGGAGCAAGCUCGCGCUUUGAUGCUCCAGACGCGACUUCGUAACAUUGGCAUUGGAGAUCAGUCCUAUAUAGGUCGGUGGGUUCGGCGGGAAUGUUCUGCCAAGAUCACUCAGGAUAUCGUGCAAGAAAAUGUUGUGUUCGAGGUCGUUGGAGAUGUCACCGACGAUCCAUUCAUAUAAACUUCGUUACCUAUACUUGUUUGCAUUAAACUCUUCCAUGGCUCGUUCUUGAAGUGUCAGCCAGUAAUAAUAUAGCAUAUCACAUGUGCGUCGUUACGAGUUUCGUAGAACGUCAUGAAAGUUGUCGCUGUCAG